GUUUGGGCUAGAUAUUAGCAUUUAUAUCAUAAUAUUAUCCAAAACCAUAAUAUAUUGCAAUACAAUAUGCUAUUGAGGCUAUGUUACAAAGACAAGAUUACUUUCUUUGCAAAGGCAAUGUAGUUUUGAUAUCCUGAAAAUAAAAGUAGCUACCCCUACAUUUCUCUGCUAUUCAGUUAUGAUGUUUGACUGUGUGGGCUGGGAACAAAGUGAUUAUUCUAGAAAACAUAUGUCAUGACAUGUGCAAUAUUUUCUCUUCUCUGUAACUGCCACUUCUUCUCCAGAGUGCUUUCUUAGGUUUUCUAGUAGCUUUUUGUGAGUAUUUAUUCCUGGCUAAACAAAUAGAGAAUUAGUAAAGUGUUUUGUUUUUGUUUUUAUUCCAAACAGUUGCCUAUAAAAUCUUAAAAAAAACCAACCCACACAUUACUUUGUAUUUCAUGUAAUGUAUCAAAUAACUUGCAGUGAUACUGGUGUUAGGAAAGGUGUUCAAAGUUUUAGAAAUAUCUUUUUUACUGGGCAUGUGUGUGUGCAUGUGUAUGUCUGCACAAAUGAGACUAGCCACUAGUACUUCUGGGCCUCCUUGAUUUGUCAUUGCAGAGCUAGGUUGUUAGUUUCUAGAAAGCUCCAUAAACUUGGCUCUCCACUAUGGAAAAGAGAGUAAGAACUAAAAUAAGUUACAUGAAUAGGUUUUAUGUUAAUCUGUUACUACAGCUUCAGAGGAUCUUUGGGACUUUUCCCUUUCCAAGGGUAUGAGUGUAUUUUUCUUCUGCUUGUCUUCUUCUGUGUGAGCCUGUUGUGUGUUUAGACAUGUGCACAUAAUGAAGUAAUUUGAUUUUGCUGCAAUAACGCUGCACGUGUCCUGGUAAUUUGGGGAAGUGGUUUGGUGGCAAACUUACUGAGGCUGUAGUGGGAUGGGAAUGGACACGGGAGCCUCAGUGUCCUGUGGGGACAAGUGCACACCAUCAUAAUCCUUGUUCUUGUCAUUGCCAAGAAGAAAGAAUAGAUCCGUGUCUGUCACGCGGCAAUGAUGAAACAACAGUAAAUGUGGAUUUUUGUCUUCUCAUAAAAUAUCACUAUCUGUUUAUCUGUUCUUUGCCUCUCCUCUGCUUUUUUUUUUCUUCUCAUUGAGAGCUGUUUUCUAAAGAACUAAAAACCACAUUAAAUUCUUCCCUAUUCUCAGCUUGAAUGUGAAGUCAAAUGUGUUUUUCACAGUUGAGCAUUCCAUCACUAAAUUAAGUAAUGUGAAGUGGAAGAUACAAACUUCCUAAAAGUAUAGUUAGUUUGUGAAUAUCUUGAGUGAAAACUUCCAUUUUUGUUCAGUUUUCCUUGUGUAAAUCUCCUUGUAGCUGGAGAUUAUAAGAAAUUGUAAACUUUCUCUUUCGGUUAUGGAAAAUGUUUUAACAAGUGCAUGCAGAGUCGAGCUCCCCAGUAAUCAGUUCAUACCUCAUUGCUGUUCCGAGAGGCAGGCAAAAAGGAAUGCUACAAAUAAGUGGUCGAGCUCGAUGCAACUCCAAAUUCCCAUUUCUUAUCAUAGUUGGUUGUAAGAGUGAUUACUUAAGAAAGUUAUUCAGAGGUAAAAAUCACUAAUGAAAUUCUUGAGGUACUUUGCAUUCUAGCUUCAAGUGGAGGGAAUAAUUUCUUAUGGAAAAUAGAUUUUCCUUCCUGUGAUUUUAUUUUCUUUUGAAUAAAUUCAUGAUGACACUCCAAAGAAACUGUUGGGUUUUGCAAAAAAUUGAAUGUUUAGGCUGGAUUGAAACCACUGAAUUAACACAGUAAAGAGGCCUGAAUGAUAUCAGUGUGCGUGAAUAAAUUCUGGAAGUGGAGUUUGAAGAGAAAAGUGUUUGGAAGAAAAUAUGUACAAAUCAGAAACAGAAAAAUUAGGGAAAUGCAAUAUAUUGCAAUGUUUAUGAAAAGACAUUAUAAUGAAGUGUUAUGAAAAUUUAAAAAAAAAAAGUUUUCAAGGGAGUACUAGGUCAUGAUGUGGAAAAGAUAUUUGGAGUUGUCUGUAGCAAAAGUAGUUUUAAAUUUCACGGAAUAAAUGCAAAUUAGGAGAUCAUUGAAGAGGAGUUGUCUGAAGACGGAUGUGAGAAAGAAAGAGGAAAGGAGAGGUAGCAAUGAUAUGUAUGCAGUACAUCUGCAGUUAUUUUUUUCAGGGGACUUUCACUGUGAAGUUAUAUCAGAGGUGCUUCCUGUUCUUGAAUCUGCAAAACAACUGCUCUGAAUUUUGUGUAUUUUUAUACAUAUAGACACGAGAUAGAUUCAUACUUUUCUUAUGCUCUGCAAUUCAAUAUGCAAGGUGUAACAGACAAGGAAAUAAAGAAGGACAUGAAGAAAGAAAAUACUGCUAACAAACCACCAGAGAAGCCUAUAAAUGAAGUUUCCAAUGGAAGCCCUUCACUGUUGUCUGAGACAAUUAUUAGAACCAACAAAAAAGGAGAGAGAAACAGAAGGAGAAGAUGUCAGGUGGCUUUCAGUUAUAUGCCUCAAAACGAAGAUGAACUGGAAUUAAAAGUUGGUGACAUCAUUGAAGUUGUGGGAGAGGUGGAAGAGGGCUGGUGGGAAGGUAUACUCAAUGGAAAGACUGGAAUGUUUCCUUCCAACUUCAUAAAGGAAUUGUCUGAUUCUGAUGAUGUUGGAAUAGCACAGGAAGAGCUAGUAAAACCAAGAAAAUCUGCCUUUGAAGGGACAAUUCUGUACAGAGUGGCACCGGCAAAGAUUGACAGCUACAGACGCUAUAACAGCCUAAAAGAUGCUACAGGCUCUGAGAGUGAUGGUGGUGAUUCUUGCAGCACAAAAUCAGAAGGAGCCAAUGGAGGCACGACAAUCCAACCCAAAAAGGUCAAGGGUGUUGGCUUUGGAGAUAUCUUCAAAGACAAACCUAUAAAGCUACGACCAAGGUCAAUAGAAGUUGAAAAUGAUUUUCUCCCAGCAGAUAAGAGUGUUGGGAAGAAAUUACCUCCAGCCACAGCAACUCAGGAGCCAACAAAAAUAGAAGUGGACAGCAGAACAAAAACCAAGGAGUAUUGCAAGGUGAUAUUUCCAUAUGAAGCACAGAAUGAUGAUGAACUCACAAUCCGGGAAGGUGAUGUCGUCACACUUAUCAGUAAGGAUUGCAUUGAUGUGGGUUGGUGGGAAGGAGAACUGAACGGCAGAAGAGGUGUGUUUCCAGAUAACUUUGUCAAGCUUCUUCCUUCUGAUUUUGAAAAAGAGAGACCGAAGAAACCACCACCUCCAUCAGCUCCUGUCAUCAAACAAGGAUCAGGUACCACAGAUCGAAAGCAUGAAAUCAAAAAGGUACCUCCUGAAAGGCCAGAAUGUCUUCCUAAUCGAACAGAAGACAAAGAAAGAUCAGAGAGAGAGCAAAAACAGUUAGACUUGCAGAAGCCUUCAGUUCCUGCUAUACCUCCGAAGAAACCUCGGCCACCCAAAGCAAACUUUGUGAAUAGACCUGGUACCUUGCCCCCAAGACGACCAGAAAGACCAGUUGUGCCUGUGACUCAUACAAGGAGUGAUAGUCCAAAAGUGGAAUUAGUGGGCAGUACAGUAUCCGGCACUCUAGAGAAAGACUCCUCUGAAAGAAGCAAUGACAUCGACUUGGAAGGUUUUGACUCUGUAAUACCAAUUGCUGAGAAGCUUAAUCAUCCAACUACAACCAGACCAAAAGCUACUGGCAGGCGACCACCCUCCCAGUCUCUCACAUCUUCAUCACUUUCAAGCCCUGAUUUCUUUGACUCACCAAGUCCUGAAGACGAGAAGGAGGAACAUGCUUCCAUUACUCAUAAAGCUAUGGAAGCAUCAAGGAAAGCAAGGACUGUUACAAUAUCACAAGUGUCUGAUAAUAAAACUUCUUUGCCUCCAAAACCAGGAGGUUUGGCUAGUGGCAGUAAUGUGCAACCAUCACUAUCCCCCUCACCAUCACCUGGAUUUCACUCAAUUGCUAUGGGAACAACAGGCCACAGGUCAAAUUCUCCAUCCCUGUUCGGUACUGAAGGAAAGCCAAAGACUGAGCACUUGAGCCAAGGUCAGACUGCCCUGGAGGAGCUGAGAACACAAAUUAAGGAGCUAAGAACCAUUAUUGAAACCAUGAAAGACCAGCAAAAAAAAGAGAUUAAACAAUUGCUGUCUGAGUUGGAUGAAGAAAAGAAGAUCCGUCUACGAUUGCAGAUGGAAGUAAAUGACAUAAAGAAAGCUCUUCAAUCCAAGUGAAUACUUGAUAGGUGGAAUGUUGCAUUAUUCUUCAUGACUGAGACUCAAAUUUAUGCCCCAGCCAAAAUAACUUUGUGCCAAAUGAUUUACGAAUUGCCUCAACAUCCCUUUGUUUGAAGGAUUAGCACAACAGUUUUUGAUAGCACAACAGAAAUACCAACAGCGAAGACAGAAUUUCCACCUGAAGCAGUGCUGUGCAGCACUAGUUGUGACUGAAAUUGAUCUUCUUGUGCUAAAAGCUCUCUACUUCAAGAUCCUAGGUGAAAUGAAAACUCAGGCAGUUUAGUCCAUAGUGGUACUAUUUUGAUGAUAUUUUUCCAUAAAUAAAAUGUAUUUCAGAUUAUCUGUUUACAAGCUUUAUGAUUUUGACUUUUGGUUUUUAAUUGUCUUUUGUCACAGAUUUUAAAAUGUUUGUACUGCAUAUAGCCAGGAAUGAAUGUUAACAUUGGGACUGGAGGGAUUAUUUUUGCUUUGAGAUAGAACAGCCUACUCUUUGUUAUGGUUUUAAGUUCUGAUAAAUAUGCAAUUUUAUGUCCCCAGGCCCUCUACAAUUUAAACUUAUGUUGUGUACAGUAAUGUAUUUACAAGAAGGAAACAAACCAACAGAAAUCUGGUCUUUGCAAUGAUUUGUGCCUUUCUCUGCCACACACUGACUGGAGCCAGUUGCAAGCCAGGUCUCCCUAAUGUAGCUACCACCACCAGGAGGACUAGUGUCCCCGGUGCCCGGCGGAGGUCAGCUUCUCAGUGUCCAGCUGCUCAGUCAGUAGAGCCAGGUUUGUGCGAGGUGGCAGGACAAAAGGGCGCAGCUGAGAGCAGCUUAGUCUUGAGCAGCUGUGGCUUUUUAGCUUUCCUGGUUUUGAUAGGCCUCUCCCUCAACUGGAAUGUUCAUCUCCGCUUGAUUUUCAUUAGACCAUUUAAACACCCGCCUCUGUCCCCAAUUUUGCACAGAGUGAACAGAAUAUGCAUUAUUGAAGCAAAAAUAAAUAAAAGUAAUUAUAAAACAUGAAUAAAAUGUUGUAUUAUUUCAUGCACAAGGUUCUCUAUUGUGCGAUAUGGUUUCAUUUGCUGGUUUUAUGUGGUACUCUUUGCUACAUUAUGUUUUAUGCUUAUGGACCGAUACACUUUAUAGUCCUGUUUUUGCAGCAGGACUUUCUUUUCAUCAUUUUACUGAAACGGAUGCUUACUUCAUUUCUUCCAGUUUCUCUGUUUGCUUUCAUCCUUUCAAAAUAAGGUCUCUCAUUUUUCUGUUUGUGGUUCCAUGUGUUCUUUAAGAGCCGCGGAGUAUCUCAUACCUUGUCAGCAAUCUCUGUUAAAGCAUUUAAAUAAUGGAUAUUUUUGCACAGUGUGGAUUGAGUGAGUGAGUGAUACUGGUGAUGCUUCAGAGUGACAAAUCCCUCCCUCCGCCCCCCAAAGAACCUACUUGUCAUCUCAUCAAACGGUAGUGCUGGCCCCAGCCAGCAUAUCCUGUAUCACAGCUCUCACCACCCUGCCUGCCAGCGACUGGGUGAGAUGUAGCAUUCAGUUGGCUGCUCACGUUCACACGUGCUUGGCAGAGUUCCCAUAAUCUUUGUGAUAUGCCAUAGAUAUAUCAAAUACACACUCCGCCAUACUCGCAUUUUGCUUUAUGGGUCUCAGCUGGUAAUACAGAACCUCACUGUUGGGAUGAUUUCCUCUGCCAUAGCAUGUGCUGUUGUAACAGUGGUGUUUGAGAUUGAAAGAUCGGGUAAUGAAACUUGAGAAUUUUUUUUAAAGUCCCAAUACAUUGCUCAAUGUACUCAAACAGAAGCACUAAUAAAAUAUUUUAUCACUGAAA